AUGUUCCUUUCUGGCCAUCUGAAUCCUGCUAACACCCAUCUGGAUGCUUCUCGGGAAAGGUUGAUGUAAGUUUUUUCGGUUUUCGCUUGGUUUUCCACAUUUAGGUAGGAGUGAAGGAACUUGUGCAAUAUUUCGUCUGUUCUUUUGAAAAACAACACGAGCGCAAUGUUGAGGAGCAGCUAUUGAGCUCACGAUUUGUUUGAUGUCCAUUUCUUGCCUUUUCUAGCUGUUUUUGCCCAUUUAGAGGUAUUUUAUAUUGUUUUAGUCAAGGCUUUUCAAUUUCAGAGUUGGCCAAUCGCCUGGAACGACCCAUGGAGAAGAAUUCCCUUCAUGGAAACGCCUUAGCAUCAAGGUUUGAGUCAGGGACGUCAUCUAUAGGAUAUUUGUAUAAGGUAAUGUGUAUUUUUACUUGGUUGUUUAAAAUUUAGAUACGUAAUUUCUCAGCCUCUAUGAAAUUAGUUUCAGACUGGGACUUGUCUUCGUGAACCAGUGGAUCCGUUACAGAGACGAAAACGGGUCGCACAACGUCAAGUCGGCCAAAACCUGCAUGGUUAA